GGAACGUUUGCUCCGGUUGGUUGUGGCUAUUGGCGGGCACAUGCGCCCUCCCCGGUAAAGUGACGUCAAUAGCUCCCCACCAUUGUCGCUCUAAGACAAGCUCCCGUCAAGCUCCCAUCCCUUCGCACCUAAGGCAAGGUACCGAGCUCAAGCUACGUCUUUCAACUUCUUUUUCCAACGGUGGCUACAUUUCUUCCUUCUCAAGACAUUUACCCUACAGAAACUUUUCACUACCACGAGCGGGAUAUCAAAGACCUGCCUGGGCCCUUUGGCCUCCAACCGCCACCAUGCAGAUCCGGAGCACCUCCAUCUCGUCCUCGAUCCUCACAGCCAUCUCAGGCGACUCAAACAACCCCGACAAACCAAGCCUCAAAAAGCGUAUAUUCCGCGUCUUCACUUCAUUCCUGUCCGUCUUCCACCUCCCUCUUGCUCGAUACCGCGCCGCAGACUUUCUCGAACUCCGACACAAUGUCUGGCAAAUCGAUGAAGACGAGUAUACGAACUCCUUCCACCUCGCAAAGAAGGCAGCCAAGGGCAAGGGCCGCGAAUCCGAUCUCGUGCCUGUCGGCGACUUGGGGUACAGCGGCUCGACCUUCUUCACGACGGCCGAUGGGAAGUUCCUUAUCAAGUCGCUGCCCCGCCGGUUCGAGCACGAGUUCUUCACGCACGACUUGUUUGACGCCUACGUCGCGCACAUGAAGAAGCAUCCGCACAGCUUAUUGGUUCGCAUCACCGAUAUGGCCUAUACCGCGAAAGCGACGAUCGGCGGCAUCCUCGGCAUGGCGCCGACGCACCACAUCAUCAUGGAGAACCUGAUGUUCGGCAAGAAGGAGGAAGAGACCGAUCAUCGCAGGAACCAAUGGGAGACAUACGACCUCAAACCAAAUGACUACUUCUUCCCCGAGCGGGACAUCGCCAACGGCAACCUUGCACCACAGAGUGUCAAGGAACGCUUGAUCGACGAGUUCGAGGACAAGGUUCGCGUCACACCCGCCCAGAAAAAGGAGCUGCUUGACCUUCUCGAAGCCGAUACCCAACUCCUGGCCGAGAACAACGCCGUCGACUACUCCCUCUUCAUGGUGCGCUUUCCCGGCCCCAAUGUGCUCGAUGAAGCUCGCGACGUACCCACGAUCCAAUCCGAUGCACCUCCCUGGCGUACCGGCCUGACAGACGCUGACGGCAACUGGACCUACCGCAUGAUCGUUCUCGACUUCUUCUGGGCCAAGCACAAGUUCCGCGCGAAGGCCAUGACUGGACUGGUCAAGUCGUACAACGUCUUUGCCGGCCACGGCCCCAUGAGCAUUACUGCCAAUCCUACGGAGUAUCGGGAGAGAUUCCUCAACAUGGUUCGGGAUUUCGUUGUUGAGGUAUAAGGCAAUUGGUCAACAAGUAUCAGGAGGGGAGGUUGGAGAGUUUCCCUUGGCUAUUGAGUUAAUGAAGCACGGCGUUGGGCUAGCAUGUAUACCCCCUUUCCCUUGCGUAGUAUCAGUUUCCUUUCCAAGAUUUGAAGAUACCAGAUUCCAAACGAUGCUUUCCGAUACAUUUGGUCAUAUUUGUCUCACACCGAAGUUUUGGUAUUUGUUUACUGCACUUCCUGUGACCCUUAAUUAAUAUACCACAUCAAUUCUAGUAAUGCUGUUAUAAGUUCUCGAGGCCUUUGUAACAAGUUUACUUCAGACUACACGCACUCGGUCCACUUCACUUGAUUCCCUUCACUUCACCUCCUUCACUGAAUCGUCUUUAAAAGAUAUUUGAAGCUACAAUGAAUUGAGACCAGGAUCCCCUC